GAUACUUAGAGAAAUAUCUCAAAGUUGUGUCCAAAUAUCAAUCACUUUUUGGUACACUCAGACACACACCACAACACUCCUAUAAAAACCACGCGCCGGAGCUUUUCUCUCCACCGCGUCGCCGCCGCAGACCAUGUCGUCAACCACCACCCCUCACGGUGGAGACUUCGACACGCCGACACUGGAUAUGGAGUCAGCGGAGCUCCUCCAAACCAUAUCGGAGCACGGCGGCUACGCCUACGUGAGAAUGGCAUCGCUGGCGGCGACCGGUGACGUCCGGGCCGCGGAGGCGGCGCUGGAGAUGGCGUGGGAGCAGCUGCACUCAGGUCCGUGGCAGUCGGUGCUUCCAGUGUGGCGCGACGCGUACUCGAUGGCAUGCCUCCACGUGGCAAGGCACCACAACGGUAACGGCGAGUUCAAGGAGGCGCUUAGGGUUCUUGACAUGGGGAUCAUCAUGGGAGGGACGCUCCUCAGAAAGGAUUUGGACUCUGCGAUAGAGAAGGUUUCAGAGAGAGCCAAGAGUUCCCGUAGGGUUUCUGAGGGAAGCUUCGAAGAAGGUUCGGUCAACAACUCCGAGCAACGAAGCCUUGUUCAUCCGGAAUUUCAUGUGUCUCAGGUGCUCCAACUUUUACCUAUCAAGUCCCUUUCUUCUAAGAUUGUGGAGAAGAGAUCUGGUUUGUCGCUGGACAAGUUCUUGAAAGAUCAUUACCUGGCUGGUACACCGGUUAUCAUCAGUGAUUGUAUGGUUCACUGGCCGGCCAAGACAAAAUGGAACAACAUAGACUAUUUGCUGAGAGUUGCUGGUGAUCGUACAGUUCCCGUCGAGGUUGGCAAGAACUAUUUAUGUACAGACUGGAAGCAAGAGCUAAUCACAUUUUCAGAGUUGCUUCAGCGUAUAAAAUCCAAUGGUGGUUCUCCAGGGGGUCCUACAUAUCUUGCCCAGCAUCCAUUAUUUGAUCAGAUAAAUGAGCUCAGAAAAGAUAUCUUUAUUCCUGACUAUUGUUUUGCCGGUGGAGGGGAGCUAAGAUCUCUCAAUGCUUGGUUUGGUCCAGCUGGAACAGUAACGCCAUUACACCAUGAUCCACAUCAUAACAUACUAGCUCAGGUUGUUGGGAAGAAGUACGUUAGGCUUUACUCAGCAUCUUUGUCUGAGGAACUUUAUCCCUACUCGGAGACGAUGCGUACCAAUUCCAGCCAGCACUAUGACUGCAUCCCAAUCUGAAUGGCUGAAAACUCUAGAAGUAUUUCAUUAAUGUUGACUUAGAUGACAUAGAUGAAAGGAAGUUUCCUAAAGUGCAAGACUUGGAAUUUGUAGACUGUAUUUUAGAGGAAGGUGAUAUGUUAUAUAUCCCACCAAAGUGGUGGCACUAUGUGCGGUCCCUAACUACAAGUUUCUCAGUUAGCUUCUGGUGGAGUGAGGGUGAAUGUUCAGAUGCACCCUAAUGUGGCAUCACUUUGAUGUUCUAGAAUUUCAUUCUUUCUUAGUGUAAGAACUGAGCUUGUUAGACAUUUUUUGGCACUUGUUUCUGGCUCUCAUCUUAAUGAUGAGAAAUAUUUGAACAAUUGACUUUGCAUCAAAUGCUGGGUUGAGUCACCAUUGAAAGAUGCAAAGUGAAUAUGCCUAUCAUUGCACCAAUGAUAUAGUAUUAAAGGACAAACGUGUAAUAGAGGUCCCCAAUUGGGUGUUAUGCACUCUAAUGCCCUUAAAUUAUUGAUCAUGAAAGUGUGUGAAACGCUGUACCAAACCUAAACUAAUCUAAUAUUUUAUUGAUUGACGUUAA